GCUACCGUCGCUCUUUCAUGGUGCGGAUCGUGUACACCGAACAAGCAAUAAUCGUCGCUCGCAUUCGACGCAGUGCAUCAGUCGGGAUUUCGGGAUACUGCAAGAGGAACGCAAAUUACGAGUCGUAGAGACAGACCGAGAGACUGAGAGUCGGGACCGCGUGUUAAACACUAGAACGCUUUUUUUCCGAAGCGUAACGAGUAGAGAAGCGGUAGAGAGAGGUAGAGCGAGAGGGAGAGUGAGAGCGAGAGCGAGAGAGUGAGAGCGAGUGUGAGAGAGAGAGAGAGAGUGAGAGAGGGCGAGAGAGUGAGAGAGAGCGCGAGGAGAGUGAGGAGAGGGAGAAGCGACAGCGCGGCAUCGCACCGAACGAGAAAAAACGGUGCCCCGACGCGGUUACUGGCGCUGCGAGAAGUCGGCGAAAUCCAUUGACAUUGGGGGAACGGCCAUUUUGGCGUGUUGUUUCCCACGAUCGAGUGCCCGAGGCGCGCACACGCAUAUACACACACGGCAUCGACGUCCAUUCGUUUUCAAGGAAAAGAUAGUAGAUAUACUACAAUAUUUCCAAAAUGAUGACCGAAACGCAUAUGAACUCUAACCAUAUGUUGAAUUCUGGUUUGUCUAAUAAAUCAGAGAUAGAGAAAAUGGAUGAUGUGGGUUGGAAAGCCAAAUUAAAGAUUCCACCAAAGGAUAAAAGAAUUAAAACAAGUGAUGUUACCGACACACGUGGUAACGAGUUCGAAGAAUUUUGCCUAAAACGAGAACUAUUGAUGGGAAUUUUUGAAAAGGGAUGGGAGAAGCCAUCGCCGAUCCAAGAAGCUAGUAUUCCUAUUGCACUUUCUGGUAAGGACAUCUUGGCACGAGCGAAAAAUGGAACUGGUAAAACUGGAGCGUACUCAAUUCCAGUGCUGGAACAGGUUGACCCGAGGAAAGACGUAAUCCAAGCACUGGUAAUUGUGCCUACAAGAGAAUUAGCGCUACAAACAUCACAGAUUUGUAUUGAGCUCGCAAAGCACAUGGAUAUAAAAGUUAUGGUUACUACUGGAGGAACUAACUUACGAGACGACAUUAUGAGGAUUUAUCAAAAAGUACAAGUGAUAAUCGCAACGCCAGGAAGGAUCCUUGAUCUGAUGGACAAGAAUGUGGCAAAUAUGGAGCAUUGUAAAAUUCUAGUUUUGGACGAAGCAGAUAAGCUGCUGUCGCAAGACUUCAAAGGAAUGUUGGAUCAUGUAAUAUCGAGAUUACCACAUGAGCGUCAGAUUUUGCUGUAUUCAGCUACGUUUCCUCUGACUGUGAAACAAUUUAUGGAGAAACACUUGAGAGAUCCAUAUGAGAUUAAUUUAAUGGAAGAGUUGACUUUGAAAGGCGUAACACAAUAUUACGCUUUUGUACAGGAACGACAAAAAGUUCACUGCCUUAACACGCUAUUCUCCAAGCUGCAAAUAACGCAAAGCAUAAUCUUCUGUAAUUCAACGCAACGCGUCGAAUUGCUGGCUAAGAAAAUAACAGACCUUGGGUAUUGCUGUUAUUAUAUACACGCGAAAAUGGCGCAGGCACACCGAAAUCGCGUAUUCCAUGAUUUCCGUGCAGGAUUAUGCCGAAAUCUUGUGAGCAGUGAUCUAUUUACCCGCGGUAUUGAUGUUCAAGCUGUGAACGUCGUAAUCAAUUUUGACUUUCCGAAGAUGGCAGAGACAUAUCUGCAUCGAAUCGGCCGAUCUGGAAGAUUCGGCCACUUAGGUAUAGCAAUUAACCUAAUCACGUAUGAAGAUCGCUUCAACCUACACCGUAUCGAACAAGAGCUUGGAACAGAAAUUAAACCUAUCCCAAAGGUGAUAGACCCCAGUUUGUACGUGGCGAGACCAGAAGACAAUAAUAGUAUGGAAGAAGGCAACGUGUCCAAGUAGUUUCGAUGCAUUGUGGUAAAAUGAAGCUUCACACACGCUCAAAGAGUUUAAAGUGUGUGUCAAAGUGUGUCAAAGAGUGAGUUUACUUGUAAAUAAAACGUACUAAGUAUGAGUAAUGAUGAGUUGAGUGAUUGAAGUGUCGGGCAAAUGUCAGUGCGAAUCAUUUCUUUGUACAUAAAUACAUUUAAAUGUACAUAAGCUAAAGCAAAUCAGAGUCAAGCCAUUAUCAAGAUGCACAAUAUGUAAACAGAUAUGUGAAUAACAUAAUAAUCAAUCAUUGCAUUUUAUCAUAACUGUAAAUACUACAUGCGAGGACAUACAACAUCGUUUUAAUAGAGGAUUUUUAUACAACGGCUUCAUUCUUCCAGUAUUUUUUUUCCUUCUGUUGUUGUGUAACAAUGAAGAAGAGGGCAUAUAUGAUUUAGAAAAUCUAUCGGCCAAUCUCACCGAGUACAACAUACUGAUUCACAUGUGCUCAUUACUUUUGUACUGUCAUGCAUAUAUAAAUUGUCCUUAAUACCAAUAAGGUCGUGUGUAUAUAUAUACAUAUAUAUAAAUUGCCCUUAGCGAUUUAUAAAAUUUGGAUAUUAAAUAUCAGUUGUAAUAUUUGAUCAUGGCUUGAUUUUGCUAUCUGUCAAUAUUGUCAUACAACUCUGAAAUUCAAAUCACUUGUCAACGCUUAAACUAUCUUUUUCUGUUCAUUCAACCGCUAAUGGAAUUUGCUUUUCCUUUUUUUUUUCUUUUUUUAAAAACGCAAUUGGAUUUUCUUUUUACUAUAUCGUGAUUGAGAAUCAGAGGUUGUACAAUUGACUAGUUUUAUAUAAUUAUUUUUUUAUAAAGAACUGGCUGGUGGAUUCCCUAACAAAAAAAGAGGUUCUAUGGCUGAUGCUGAUAAUAACGUAUAUGUCCAAUCGCAGCCUACGUUUAAUUAUACAACAACAGUCUAUCGAGGCUAAAAUUGAGAACUAACAAAUUGCGAGGAUUUAUUGCUAAAAUUAAUAGAAAGACGCGGAAAACGCGGAAUAAAUGGAUUGCAAGUGAAUGCACAUGAGGAACUGACAGCUCACACUAAAAUGUGAGCUUAAGGGUGCACUGUGAAAUACUCUAUCUCUCGUGAAAGAUAAAAUAACUGCCAAAGUUAUUGUAUUAUUGAUAAUAUCAACAUAGAAUCUCUAGAGAUCUCCAUGAAAUUAUGGCUAAACACGAGAAAGAGUAGAAAAAUAUGCAAGAAAUGUACUGUUUGGUAUGCAUGACUAUUAUAGGUGAAAUUUAAGAAUUCGAAAGCCACCAGCCAAUAUGACUUAGGUUUUUGGAUGCGAAAGAUAUGGAACAAUAUGCGAUACCAGAAUAUUUCAUAUUUGAGGGGAAUCCUCUUUGAAUGGAAUAUUAACGGUGACGAGAAGGCGGUUUAAAAUGUAUUUAGGGCUGUAAUAUCAGGCACUGUGAGCUUAUCACGGAAACUGUAGAUAAUAGAUAAACAGUAAUGAGAUAACUGCUGACACAAAAAAAGAGAAAACUGAAAUUGCAAAUUGAAUAUUGUGAACAGAUGUGUACAGAACGUUGAUCUGGACGAAUGGUUGUUCAUGCUCGCUGCCUUCAACCUUCGACCAAUAUACGUAAUUUUCGUUCGUAGCGACACCGAGUACAUGGCUUAAGUUUGACGCAAAUUCUAAGUAUAUUUUCGAGUCGAGAUAUUUCGCGAAUCUCCAUUUUCGUAGAGGGUUCCAUCGUCAGCUGAAUAUCGAGAGACAGAUUUCGCAUUUUUGUAAAAUCUAAUGUAAAUGAAUAUGCGCUAUCAUACUCGCGAGUUUAGCUUAUCAUGGGCUUUGCAAGUUCUCUUCUCGUCUUACGAAAUGUAAUUCAUUUCGUGUAUACAACUCUACGAUUCUGGAAAAUUUACACAUUCUUGAUUGCGUAUGCCAUAAAUCUGACUCGUCAAUAUAACAUGAAAAAAGAAAUAUUUAGGUAAACGUAACACAAUCCUCGCGCGAUUACUGCUUUUGUUUACCGCGGAUUUAUUGCAAAUCGAAUUAUAAGUUGCAAAAUAAUCGUUCACCGCGGAUUUAUUGCAAAGCGAGUUUUAAGUUGCAAAAUAAUCACAACUUAACCGCGUAAGAAGUUACUAAAUAAUCACAUCGGGUUACAAGUUGCAAAGCAAUCGCACUUGCGACUUAUUGCCCGGUUUGUAGACACAUACACGUGCAUUUGUGAUUUCUGCGCGAUUCCUGGAUGAAAGGAAGAUAAAUUAAUAUAACGUAUCGCGCUAAGAUUGAACUCGACCGAAGACGACGAUUGAAAUACGUUGAAAUACGAUGUACCGUACUCAACAACCGUUACGCGUCUUUCUAUUUCUAUUUGCUUCCUCGAUAGUCUUCGAUUCGGCAAAAUUUUUCUAACAACAUAUUUAGCUAUUGUUGUAACUACUAUACAGGCAGAUAAAUAUCUAUUGAGUACAGGCGAGAAGUCAGUAUUGAUAUUGCGAGAGUUUCGUUAUCGGUGAUGUCCAUUAACGAUUACGAUCGAAUGAUCUCUGAUCUAUUCAGAACGCUGUCUUCUGCUUGACCGAGAUAACGAAAGCAAAUAAUCUGCCAGAUAAUGAUGGUGCCCCGUUGACUACAUAAAAUGAACAACCAAAGCAGACCGGAAGACCAACAAUUAUAUCUGCUAUACGAUUUGAUAAUUUAUUGAGUUCUUUUUUGUGUCACUGUUAAUGCAAAGAUACUGUAAUGAAUUAAGCUAAUGUGCGAUUUUGUUGAUCAAAUAAUCUGUCGCCCACUGCAUAUUAAUUUGAUCGAUCGGAAUCGCAUACGAUUGCGUCAUAGUCUAAUAUUACGGUCCCCUUUCAUUUUAUUAUCUACUUAAUAUACAAACGUAAAUGGGUUCAAUGUAAUAACAAUUGUUUCGCCAAACGAUCUGAUCCGCGAAAUGUUCCCAUUUACAAACUACGAAAAAUCUGCUCUUAUUCUAUUAGCUUCUCCUGUUGUUUUGCUUACGGCGAUUCUUUGAAAAUUCUUUUGGCAAUAUUACAUAGACUAAGAAGAAAAUACUUAGUCUUACUGCGCUGUAAUUGGAAACAUCGAUAGAUCCAUUUUAUGGAGUCUAUUUUGCGAAAUGUAUUUUAUUCAGCUUUCGAAAGAGUCAAUAAGCUAAUAAGUGGCUAAUAAGCAAGCGGUUCAACUUUUUUGAUUUUAUAAAAAUUUUACAAACUAUUCUAUUCCAAUCAAAAAUUAUUUCUAACCAAAAAUUCUUACUGAUCUUUAAAUGUGAUCGAUGCACGAUGUUCGUACAUUUCACCCAUACAAAAAAUUGUAAACGAAAACUCGUCCAUUGAUAUUAAAAAUCUACAAAUUUGCGUGCUGUAUUUGACUCUUUCUAAAGAAUGAUGUUUAUGCGAAGUAUAUAAACUUAGAAAAAAGUGGGCUUAAAAAAAUCAAAAAAAAAAAAGAAGAGAAAGAAACAUUGAUUAGCAAUGUUAUGUGAGCAGACUGAAGAACGUGGUAAUUUUAUAAUCUUUACCUCUCUUGCAGCCAUACCUAUAUAUUGCCUAUAUUCUAAAUUACAGACGAGUAUCCUUUUCUGAAAAAAAUUCUGGAAAAUAAAGUUAAUGAGUAUGUUCGUGGCGCGUUUCACAGUUGCAAGUUGCCAAAGUAAACAUUUUUUACUUUGGUAUAUUUUACCACGUCUUCACGUCUGCUCCAUGAGGUAUAUUCAAGUGCGGUUCCCGCAACUAAUCUUGGAUAUAACAAGGAGUGCCCUUGAUAUGAAAGUAAGCGAGUGUAAUUCGUGCGACGUAGAAAUACCUACGGAAGAUUUCGGAAGUAAAUGUGUUAACAUCCGGGUAUAUGCGAGAAUUGCGGAGGACUCUCUCCGAUCCCAUCCAGGGGAGGGUAAAUUCUACUUCUCAAUAUCUACGAUUUAAAUCGUAAGUGUGAAGGGGAACAUCAUAAGAACGAGCUCUCUAACAGCACAUCUAGAUCUCGUACCUUCGCCUGAAUUUAUUUCCAUUGGUUGAUCCAAUGCGGCGAGCUGCGUGUAAGCACAUUCCCAACAAACGAGCCGAGAAUUGAUCGCAUCGGAGGUUUAAACAUCUAAACAAACGAUCUUUCCGCGUUCGAAUAACAUACGCAGCUCGAUAAUAAUAUUGGAAUUAGAUCUCCAAUAUACAUAAAAUAUUUUUAAAAAAGCAAAAAAAAAAUAAUUCGUUCGAAAUGUAAAAGUCAGUUUAUUGACUAUCCUGCUUUACCGUUUUGUUAAAGAACUUAUUAUUUACACUUGUUUUUAAAAAAAAUUGUAAUAAUCACUCAAAUGUCAUAUCUGAACGGCUACUAUAUAAUGUGAUAUUUUGUUACUAUUAUUAAUAUUGCUGCUAUUAACGAUAUAUGAACGAAGGAUUUUCGACCCUGUGUAACGGACAUCGAUUUAUUUUGUGACGUUGAAAUCUCUGAGUUUGUUGUUCGUAAAUUGCAAGCGACAUAAGAUUGCGAAAUUUCUCUUGGAAUUCUAGAAACAACUUGUUGAAUUUUAUAAUUGAUGCAAUUAGGAUUACACGAUUAAUGAAACUAAAAAGUGCGUCUCUAAAUGGAUAAUAAAAUGAUUUCGCAGUAUUAUGUAGCUUGCAUAUCAUUUACAAAUAACUCGCGGCUCACGCGUAAUUGUGCGCAGAUGAAAUACUCUCUGUAUUUCUGAUUUUUAUGUGCAUUUGUCAAGACAAUAUUCUCAUUGUGUGUUAUCCUUUCGGAAUCUGUAAGCGGUAUAAAACAAAAUUAUAAAUAGGUUUUCUUGUUCUAAGUAACAUUACCGUUUUUCUUUCUUCAAAUUGUAAAGAUGGGUUUGCGCGUGACUAUGAAAAGAACUUUUUUUUUUUAUUUGUCUUCGCUAUUCUGUUAGCUCAAACCCAUUCUAAUAAGUCGUGUCAAUUUUGUUUCCUUGAAGGGACAGAACAGCUCAACUGUCGUCCCUUAAUAAAAAUUCUGUUUCAGUACACACAAUA